UACAGGUAAAUCCAUUGCCGAACUUCGCGUCGAACUUCGCACCACAUUCGCACACGGAGCUCCGGAGAGGAAGAGUUGGUACAUAACAACGCAAAACGCGAGAUGCGGUUGAUGUAUGUUGCUGCUUGUUCAGACGAUCCUGCUAUCAGACUUAAAUUCGUGAUUUGUACGAUGGCGACACUCAUGGAUGGAAAUAUCUAAACAUGCGCAUCCAUUGGUAUCGACUUCUACCUCCAGUGAAGCAUAUUUCUCCAAAGCGAGCAAGACAGCCAAUGCACUUCGCAUUCUACUCUGCUCCUCUGUAAAUUUGAUUGCACACAGUCAAGGCAUGAGCUACUCUCGGGAACAAUAGGUAUACGUACAUAGGCGGGAAUGAUGCGGGCGAAAACCAGCAGACUGCAGACGAUACUACUUGAUUUCAUUGCAACGAAUUGCAUCCAUGCAAAGAUCUACAUGUCUAUUGUUAGAGGCAAUUAGACGUCAGCUUUAGCUUAGGGAUGGACUUCGCUCGCUCAGAUCUCCUCGAUAUGGGCGAUGAUGAUUGUGAUGAUGAAGACAAUCGAGAACCUGAAGACAACAUUGUGUUGGCUCACCAGGCCGCUGCGUCGGGCAACAUUCCUCUCCUCAUGGAGGCUUUUAAUCAGGACCCAAGUGUGUUAGAGAGCUGUGAUGAGAAAGCAGGUAUGACUCCAUUGUCCCAUUCUGUUCUGAGCAAGAAGCUGGACAUGUUCAAGUUUUUACUGAAGAUGGGAGCAAAUAUCAACACCCAAGACGCUCUGGGGAGAACUCCACUCUGUUUGGCUGCUUACGAGGGCUGGUAUGAAGGUGUUGUAUGCCUGCUACGUCACGGAGCUAAGCAAACGAUAGUGGACAAGAGUGGCAGACUACCUCUCCAUGCAGCAACAUGUGACAAGGAAUCCAGAACCCUGUCGGCUCUCCUGCAGUCACUGAGCAUCAACGACAUCGACAAACCAGACAAUGAGGGCAUGACUGCACUCCAUUGGGCGGCCUUUCAUAACCGACCGGAGCACAUCCAGCUUCUCAUGCUACGAGGGGGUGACAUCUAUCAGACAGACAUCGAUGAGAAGACACCGCUCCAUUGGGCAAGUCAGAAUGGCAGUCUUGUGUGCAGUUCCGUCAUGGCCAAGUGUCACAGUGGGGGCGCCCCACUCAUCAACGCAACGGAAGCCACAGGGAAGACUUGCGUUCAUCUGGCAGCGGCUGCAGGACACCAUGAAAUCCUGCUGGAGUUUGCCCAGAUUCCCAGUGUAGACUUUGAGGCCUUAGAUCCAGAUGAAAGGACACCCUUGCACUGGGCAGCGGUCAAAGGUCAUGUCAACUGUGUCAAGGUGCUACUGGAGCUGGGGGUGUGUCCCUCGCCCGUGGACCUCGACGGGAGCACGCCACACCAAUACAGCAUCCAGGCUGGGAAGAGCGAGGCAACAAAGCUCCUCGAGGGGACCGAAUGCGGUCUGGGCCAGGAUAUGGAGGAACCUGCAGAAUCGGAAGGGACCAAGGACGGUGUGAAGAAGAAACGUUUUGCCUUUCUCACCAGCUGGUUAGACAAGAGAAAGAAUACCAAAUCGCAAUUUAGCAAUGCAGAGAAGAAACAGGAUGGUAACUUUGAAGAUGUCUUCAGUGGUUUGUCACACGAGGGCAGUGUUCAGAGAUCAGAAUCUAUACUUAGAACAAAAAACGAUGCUGCAAGGCAUGGAUCUACGAAAGGUGCGAUAGGUUUUGAUGUGUUAUCGGACGAUCCCGUUCUCUCAACGGAGGACAAGAAUAUAAAUGCCGACAAAUCAAGAACUACAGCCAAUGUUGGGAAAAGUCAUUUGGACGAUCAGAACUCAUCGACGCAUCUUCACCGUAGGACAGACCACGACACGCAAAUAGCGAGUAGGAGGAAACCACGGAGGAGACAGCCCAUGGAAGGUGAACUCCAACAUUCCGUGUCGGAACCACAUAUAGGUUCUAGCUACCCUUCAUCCCCCAAACAUGCGGACUUUAUACUGGAUAACCUCUCCCUCAGCUCUCCUCAAAAUCAGGUUACCGUGGUAACCAAUGGAACAACAGGUGGUAGGAAGGAUGGAAGAGAAGAAGAUUCCAGCAGCUCUAAUGCCGGAAGACUGAUGGACUCUGGAUCUUCCCUCCUUGUCAAACCGUUCUUUAGGGCGAUGCCAAACGCAGAGGUACUGCAACAACAAGCCAAGGAAAUCCUGGAGGCGCAGAAGACUCCAGGAGGGAGUCAUCAGCAGAUUAAAACAGGAAGACCAGCUAGUGGGCGGGCACGCUCUAGUCUGGAUCACUAUGGCUUCAUGGGACGACCAAACAGUCCUAAGCUUGCCCCCAUCUCUGCCAAACCAAGGAGACUUGACUCGCCGGGUGAGCUGUCAGUACCACCCCCAGCAGGGUUCAUCCAGCAAAGGUCAUCUUCUCUUACCUGGGAAUCAUGGGAAAAUCAUUGGAGAGAGGGAAAAGACCAGAUAAGGCAGCGACCAGAUGUCCUAGAGCCAAUACGACAUAAUAUAGUUGAUAAAUCUAAGAAAAAGAGGAAAAAGAAGCAAAGUUCUAAUCACCUAAGGGAAGUACAAGAACUUGACAAGAGAUGAUGAAUAAGGAAGGGCAAGAGCAAGCCUCUGAUUGGUUGUCAAGAGAACACAGAAGUCCGCUGUUUGCCAAUCACACACUGACUCUUAUCCAAUUUUUGUAUAGGAGUAAAACAUUGGCAGCUUUAAUUCGUUAAAGGUGGUUAGAUUUUCAAGUGGUGUGCGUUUCCUGUUGGAUUCAACUGGGGUAUUCUUGCGCCCAUUCCUGUGGAUUAAUGUCGAAUUAUGUAUGAGCUUCAACCAUUCCUCGAGUAAUCUGUACUUGCCAUAAAAUGAGAACAAUAUAGUAAGUAAUAUUUACAUUACUACAUGUUAAAGUGCUAAAAGUCUUACAACUCAAUAUUCUGUUCAUAAUGUGCACCAUCUCCUCUCCACAAGAGAGCAUUCCACCCUGUGGCCUUGUACAGGUGGGCAAAUGCUAGUCAAUCAUGUUUGCAUCAUGUUCAAUACCAACUAGCACUUCUGGGUUGAGAGAAGCAUUGUAGACGAAAUGCCUUGCCUAAGGAUGAUGCCGUGCCAGAAAUGGAAUGACUAUGACACAGUGAUUGAAUGAUCAAUGCCCAAAUGACCAGAGAUAUAAAGACUCAAGGAAGAGAAGAAUUGAGUAGGCAGGUGGUCUUUAUGUACAGGUUCCUUUUUUACUCAUUGCAAUGAGAAAUACUCUUCUACCAAAACUUCACAAUCUAUCUAUACAGGUAGUCACUGAAGGAGAUUUCACUGUACAUUUAACACUUCAUUUGACUGCUCUGUACUGAAAAAUAAAAUGGAUGAAUAAUUUAUCAACGGAAAGCUUAUAAACCA